UGACAAGACCUAAGUGAUAUUUCGAGAAACAUUAUUUACUCGAAAUCAACAUAGGUGAUAGUAAUAUUCACCUGAAAGCUACCCAAGGAAUGUCACUGUUUGGUUCGUUGAUGGGCGAUAUGGAAGAAGAUCCGUUCUUUGGGUCUCAUAUGAGGACCAUGAGGCAGAUGAACAAUAUGAUGAAUUCACUGUUCACUGACCCUUUCGGCAUGAUGAACACUGAUUUCAAUGCCAAUAGGAGUUUGGCUCAUCACCAUCAUCAUCGUAACAGCAUCAGCAACAUCCAUAAUGCACUCAUGAACUUCAACUCUUUCUCACCAAUACAUAACUUCAACCGCUUGCUGACAGGCUCCUUGGAUUCUUUGAGCCCACCUGCUCCACAUGCAGCACAUUCUUACAGUUCAUCCACAGUUGUUAGCAUGACAUCAGGCCCUGAUGGACGUCAACAGGUUUACAAAGCCACGUCUAGUACACGCACUGCACCAGGAGGUGUGAAGGAGACACAGCGUACAGUCUGCGACUCCAGAACUGGCACAAAGAAGAUGGCAAUCGGCCAUCACAUCGGCGAAAGAGCUCACAUUAUCGAACGAGAACAAAAUCUGCAUUCAGGCGAUCAGGAAGAACGUCAAGAUUUUAUCAAUAUCGAAGAGGAGGAAGCCGAAGACUUCAAUCAGGAAUGGGUGACCAAGAGCAAGAGCCGUUCCGAGAUACCUCGCAUAACGGCCGGCGGCUCAUCGUCCCGGCAAAACAGGCACAGCUACAGUGCCUCCAGUGGCAUUCCGGCAAUCACAGCCGGACCAAGCCGUCGUCCUAGGGAUAGAGUGUCAUCACCUUUGAUUUCAACCCGCCGCGGCAUUAGAUCCUCCCCUUUAGCUCUACCGCCCACUAUUAGCUUGCCAAGCUCUAUGGCGUCCAACAGAGGUCCAUACAAUCAACCAGGACAACACCUCAGGAAGCAUAAGAGUAAUAUAAAAACGGUGUCUGGACCUUCAAAUGAGGAAUAAUUUAUCAGAGUAUUCAUUUUUUUUUUCGUUUUGAGAUUAUGUAUUUCAAGAUGGAUGCACGCAUCUAUCAAAUUCCAUUUUCAUUUGAUUAUGUGGACGUUUUUUUUUGUAAUGACUAUUAUUUAGAGUGGAUAUAUAUAUGUAAGUUUUGGCAAAGAAAUAUUUCAUUCGUGAUUGGAUUAUAUUAGCCCAUACUCCAGAAUUAAUGAAAAAAGGCGAGUGUAUUUUUGUUUAUAAUACAUUGUGUAUAAUAGGUCCAAUUAUUUGGUAUAUUUGGCGUGUGCGUUAAUAUUAUAUUCGGUAUGAUUAAAGUUUAAUGUCAAUAGAGUUUAAUUGAUGUAUAUGUAUUUCAAAUAAGUUUAAUUUAAUUCGAAAUAAAAAUCAAGUUCAAUGUG